CUUUUAUUUGAGGUUGUGAUAUCCCACCAAACCACUCCCCCGACGAAUCUCAACUGUGCCUCUUACCCGACGAAUACGCCGCCAUGGGUAUUCAGAAGAAGCACGGCAAAGGCCGUUUGGAUAAAUGGUAUAAAUUGGCAAAAGAGAAAGGAUACCGUGCCCGUGCCGCUUUCAAGCUCAUUCAGCUCAAUAAGAAGUAUGGCUUCCUUGAAAAGAGUAAAGUUUUGCUGGAUCUUUGCGCCGCGCCUGGAUCUUGGUCUCAAGUAGCAGCAGAGUGUAUGCCGGUGAACAGUCUCAUCGUUGGAGUUGAUCUGUCGCCCAUCAAAACUAUUCCUCGAGUCAUUACAUUCCAAGGCGAUAUUACGACUGAUAAAUGUCGCGCGACAAUUCGAUCCCAUUUCAAGACAUGGAAGGCAGACACAGUUUUGCACGAUGGUGCGCCCAACGUUGGUACUGCCUGGGUACAGGAUUCUUUCAACCAGGCAGAAUUAGCUCUUCAAUCCAUGAAACUUGCCACGGAAUUCCUUGUCGAAGGCGGAACAUUUGUUACGAAGGUUUUCAGAUCCAAGGACUACAACAGUUUACUGUGGGUUUUCAACCAGCUGUUCACGAAAGUCGAAGCUACCAAACCCCCAUCGUCCCGUAAUGUUUCCGCCGAAAUCUUCGUUGUGUGUCAAGGUUUCAAGGCCCCGAAACGGAUCGAUCCCAAAUUCCUGGAUCCAAAAUUUGUCUUUGCGGAGCUAGCAGAUCCUACGCCAAAUAACGAGGCUAAGGUUUUCAACCCGGAGAUCAAGAAGAGGAAGCGUGACGGUUACGAGGAGGGUAACUACACUCAGUUCAAGGAGGUUCCCGCCAGCGAAUUUAUCCAAACUACCGACCCGAUUGCUAUGCUCGGAAGUCUCAACCGAUUUAGUUUCGACCAACCACCAAAUGGCGACGUUGCUCUUGCAGCUCUGGACAAGAUGCCGGAGACAAUAGAGGAAAUUAGAGAUUGUUGCAAGGAUCUCCGCGUUUUGGGCCGAAAAGAAUUCCGAAAUCUGCUCAAGUGGCGUCUCAAGGUUCGGGAGAAGUUUGGAUUUGCUACGAAGAAGAGCAUUGCAGCGGAAGCAGCUAGCGAGGAAGUUGCUGAAGUGGAACCUAUGGACGAGGAGCUACGCAUACAAGAGGAUCUCCAACAAUUAAGUGCAAAGGAGACGGCGAGGAAAAAGAGGGAGCGUCGACGUGAGAAUGAAAAGAAGCAAAAGGAAAUCACUAGAAUGCAGUUGCACAUGACAGCACCAACUGAGAUUGGUCUUGAACAGGCUGGCCCGAAUGGAGAGGGCUCGAUGUUUGCGCUGAAAUCAGUUGAUAAGGCUGGCGCCGUGGACAAGAUUUCAAAGGGGAAAAUGGCUAUUCUAACGGAGGCGGAGGCGCGGCAAGGAGGUGAAAAUGGUGUUUUCUUGCGUGAAGAGGAGGAGGAGAGUGAUGUGGAGCAAGAUCAACUGGAUCGAUACCUGGAUUCGAUGUACGACCAAUACCAAGAUCGCAAAUCGGAAUCGGACGCAAAAUUCAGAGCGAAGAAGAACAGGAAAGAAUAUGAAGACGGAGAUUGGGAGGGAUUCUCUGCCGAUAACGCUAGCGAUGACGAGAAGUUAGAACACGACAGCAGUGACGAAUCCUCCGAUGAUGAAGGAGCACCGGUGACCAAAUCUCUCAUUACGGAUCUCGACAACGAGCAGCAGAAACCCAAUGGACUUUCAAAACGAGCCGCGCAAUUCUUCGAUCAAGAUAUCUUCAAAGAUAUCGGUGGUGUUGUGGAGGAAGAAUCAGAAGCCGAUGACGAGGAAGACGAGCAGGAACUAGCUGCUGGUUUGGACGACUUGGAAGAUCUGGCUGAAAGCAAACGAGCUGAAGUUAAGAAAGCGCCAAAAUCCAAACAAAGCGUCCCAACAUCGAACGGUUUCGAAGAGUCAGACUCGGAUAGUGAAGACGGAUUCGAAGUGGUUAAGCGGGAUAGCAGAGACGCACAAUGGCAAGAUCAGGGGCAGCCGCUUAAGAAUGGCAAACUUGAUAUUGACAUUAUUACUGCGGAAGCCAUGACGCUUGCCCAGCAGAUCGCUUCAGGACAGAAGUCUAGCUAUGAUCUCAUCGACGAAGGUUUCAACAAGUAUGCUUUCAAAGACCGCGAUGGCCUGCCAGAGUGGUUCUUGGAUGACGAGGGAAAGCAUGACAAGCCGCAUCGCCCCAUUUCAGCCGCAGGAGCUGCUGCUAUCAAGGAGAAGCUGAGGGCUAUGAAUGCUCGACCUAUAAAGAAGGUCCGAGAAGCAAAGGACCGUAAGAAGUUCCAUGCAGCACAACGUCUGGAGAAGCUGCGCAAGAAGUCCGCCUUGCUCAACGACGAGGAGGGUAUGACCGAGAAGGAGAAGGCUUCGAGCAUCACCAAGCUCAUGAGCAAUGCGGCGAAGAAGAAGCCGAAGACCCAGGUGAAGGUGGUUGUUGCUGGUGGCGGUAGAGGUGGUAUUGCUGGACGACCAAGAGGUGUAAAGGGUCGUUACAAGAUGGUGGAUGCCAGGAUGAAGAAGGAUACUCGUGGGUUGAAGCGAGCAGCUAAGAGGAAGUAAAUUAGAUCAAAGCAGAGAACAACAUCCUACGGGUUGGUGUAAUGGUUACAUUGUUUUGUACCAGGGGAAUGUCGGGGCAAUAAAUUUUAUGCCAGCAUAUAGUUAUAUGAAUAUCUAGGCAGUUUUCCGCCUUCAUUAUAAGUUCUUGAAUCACAACGGUUUAUUCAUUCAUAU